GUUGGCAAAGAGGAACGUGAUGAUAACCAUAGAAUCAGAAAUGGAGCUGAAAUAAGGAAGUCUUACAAGACUUAAUAUUUAAAGAUUUGACUCCCAAGUAUUUGUUCUUGGCACAGAACCAGGAAAGAAAAUCUAAGAAACAAAACAACAAAUUAAUAAGCAAAAAUAGCAUGGAGCUGAAUUUACAACGACUAAUCACUUUAUGAAAAUGACCAAACCGCUUAUUAAAAAAAAAAAAAAAAAAAAUCAAUUUAAAGCAUAUUGUCUCUUUUGCAACCAUCAACAUCGCCUCAAUCCAUUUCAUAAAGCACAUACCGAUGUAACAAACCCAAAGCCCGAGACGCGUGGUGAACGUUGCGUGCCGGCAGAAAUAUGUGCACUUCCGUCCCGCGAGACGAGAUCAAUUCCAGCAAUAUUAAUCUAAAAAUAUCGCUAUGCAAACCCUUUCCUGGUUCCCCUCAGAUGUGUUUGAAAUGCAACCACAUCGUAAAGUGGCUUGAUUAAAUGUUCCAAUAAUUUUUAUCAAUCCAGGAUUGUACAUUAAGUGUACAGUAAGUUCACUCGUACUUAAAUUUUGAAUAGAAUGCAUUUUAGAACCGUCUGUUUACAUAUAUUUACUUACUGCGGGUGCUAUUUUUACGUAAUUGUUAUGGAAAUACAUUUUAAUCGAAUUGUUAUCAAAAUGCGGCAUUAAUAUUCACACUGUGCAUCCGGCGAUGGAUCAAAUGUACUUUUUUUGGGUGUAAACUUGGGCCCGGCGUAUUUUGAUGUCGGUCGUGACCGUGAUACUUGGGAGUACCGAGUCGUUUUUGAGCUGGUGCUUACUUUUGAAAAGUUGGAGAACCACAGCUGUACAUUUUCAUAAAUGUUUUAAGAAUGUGACAAUUUUUGGACCUCCCUUGAUAUUGUCUCUUUUCAUGGGAAGAUUAUUUUGAAAAUAGAAAAAAAUAUAUAUAUCAACAGUCGUCACCGAACGUAUUGUUUAGCUUUCCUUUUUGCGCUGUAAGUGCAAAUUAUAAGUUAUUGUUUCUGAAAGUUCAAGUUAUAGGCUGUGGAAAGAUUUUUACAAUUUUUAUUUUUAGUGGUCUAUAUUGUUAGAGUAAAAAAGUUUAAAGCUGAUUUAGCAGGACGACGAUAUCUCGGCUAACGACUUUUCGAUUCACGUUUGUUGUCAUAAAGUCGUGGCUGUUGCGUUUAUUGCGUGUGUUUUUCUCAUUUGUUUAUAAGUACAUAAUCUAUUUCCAGUCUGAUGGUUCUGGAACUCCUGCCGUGAAAGGAUUUUCACUAAGUUUUUUUAUUUUAUUCUGCCGACAAAUGCAAAGACGAAAGCCUCUUCCGAUCAAAUGUGAUUUGUAUUCGAAGCGUGUUUGCGUUGAGUUUUCCCGAGUCGAAAAGGGCGCAGCAGGAGAAACGUGUUCAAAGUCGAGCUUGUAAAGGAUUUGACGGGGCUGAGGCGUUUUUUUUUUUUUUUUUUUUUUUAAAAGAGGGAGGCGAGGACGUCGCUCCUCAGGCCAGAAAAGCUUUCCUCCUUCCAACUGUCGGUCUUUCUUUUUCGGGACAACCCGAGCCGAGUCCGACCAGAAUGUUCUGUGCGCGGCUCGCCAUUUCCGUCAUUACGGAGCGCGUUUGUGUCGGAAAGGUUAGCGGCGCGAAUGCCGGUCGAAUGCGCCGCUUUGUGUGUGCUGUGCCCGUUUAGGUGCAGUCAUGUGGCAGACCGUCCUCAUUUGCGGCGCCCUGUUUGCGCUCUACGCGGCGGCGGCGCCGCCCGCGCACAUCAACCGCCUGGCGCUGUUCCCUGACAAGAGCGCCUGGUGCGAGGCCAAGAACAUCACGCAGAUAGUCGGGCACACUGGAUGUCAGCCUCGCUCGAUUCAAAACAGAGCUUGCCUGGGCCAAUGUUUCAGCUACAGCGUCCCAAACACGUUCCCGCAGUCCACCGAGUCUCUGGUGCACUGCGACUCCUGCAUGCCUGCCCAGACUCAGUGGGAAGUGGUGACUCUGGAGUGCCCGGGCAACGAAGAGACCCCUCGCGUGGACAAGCUGGUCGAGCGGAUCUUCCACUGCAGCUGCCAGUCCUGCGGUAAGGAAGGCGCCCAGGAGAGCGCCAUGAUGCAGCUGUACCCGGCAGACAACAGCCUGGACCCUCCGUCUUUACCCGACACCCCGAGAGACGCUCACUCCCACCAAACCCCCCGUUCGGACCCACACCCCAAGCACGGCCACGCAAGCGCAGGCCAUCACGCCCUUCCGCACACGUCAGACGGGGGGUAGGUCUUACCCGUCCCGUCCCGUCCCGUCCCGCCGUGUCGUUUUCCUACGCUUUGGGUCGUUCUUAACGCGUAGUGUUGCAGAAGCACUUUGAAGAUGUGGUUCACUUUGUCUUAAAAGCUGCAAACGCCUUUACAAAUUCAUUUUAUCCAUUGUUCAGAUUCAAAAGUCAUUAACAGAUGAGCCUAGAAAUGCACUGCUUUUGUUUUCCUGAAUAAAAAAAAAAUAAUAAUAAAAAACGUUUGUUGUAUCGA